UAAGUGCCAAACGCCUGGCUUCUGCCAAGAAGCUUCUGCUUUAACUGAAAUUUCUUGAAUCUGUGAACUACUUCUGUGGCCCUUGUGCCCGCGCCCCUCAUUUCUGUUUUACGUUAAAUUUCAACUUGUAUAUGUCUGCACACGGCCACAAACAUACGGGUUCCGUGACCCAGAACCACAAAGCACAACUUGCUAAUGCCUAUAACGAACUCGGGAAGGAGCUCUCCUCGAGCAAGAUCAGGGUUGUCGGAAACUAUACCCUUGGAAAGGUCAUCGGUGAAGGCGCGUACGGGAAGGUUCGCUUGGGCACUAACCGUCUCACCUGUACUAGAGUUGCUAUAAAGCAAAUUCCAAAGGCAAUGUCAGCUUCCCUUACUCGCGAAAUACACCACCACCGCCAGCUCCACCAUCCCCAUGUUACUCAGAUGUAUGAAGUCAUAGCCACCGAAUCUCACAUCUGGAUCGUCACAGAGCUCUGUUGUGGUGGCGAACUGUUUGAUUAUCUUGCCGAGAAAGGUCGCUUAUCAGAACGCGAAUCCAGCAUCAUCUUCGGCCAGCUCGCGCUUGCAGUUGCCUAUCUACACGAGAAGGGCAUCGUCCACCGAGAUCUCAAGCUUGAAAAUGUCUUGCUUGAUGAGCGCUGUCGCGUCAAACUUGGCGACUUUGGCUUUACUCGCGAGUAUGACCGAGGCGUCUACAUGGAGACUUUUUGUGGUACUACCGGAUACGCGGCCCCUGAGAUGCUCCAAGGCAAGCGUUACCUUGGCCCAGAGGUUGACGUUUGGUCCAUGGGUGUGAUUCUCUACUGUCUUCUAACUGGUACUCUUCCAUUUGAUGAUGAUGAUGAAGCGGUCAUGAAAGAAAAGGUUAUUAAAGGCAAAUAUGAAGACCCUGAAUGGCUCUCUACAGACGCCCGUGAUCUUAUUCGCAACAUCCUUGAGGUUGACCCUGCCAAACGUCUGACGAUCCCACAAAUUCUGGCCUCUCCAUGGUUUACAUCCACUCCUCUCGCCCCUAUCCCCGACCACGUGCUCAACGAUAUUCCUUCAUCCCCGUCGCCCGCCCGCGAUACCUUUAUUCUCCCUGUGAAACCCGUCGCGAACACUCAAACACAGGUGAACGAAAUUUCUAUUUCUCCGGCGACAUCGACUACAUCUGAAUCCUUUGUUUCUGCAUCAUCUCAUCUAUCUCCAUCGACCCCUACAACUCCUGAUGACACUCCGAAGGACCCUUUUGAUACAACUCAGGGCAAUGGGAGCCAAACUACGAUUACGAAGGCUGAUCGGCGCUCAACGCAUCUCAGCAAAGAUAGUAUGAUUCGGCAGCCUGAAACCGUCAUCGAAGAGGAACCUGGGGCAGAGAACGUUGCACCAUCGGCUACAGGGUCAACUACGAACCUCGAUCAGACCCCCAAGGCACCCCCGUAUCCAACGCGCACACCUGCACGUACAAAGCGCCGUUCUGUGUCUUCUACCCUUUCCGACUCCGGUUCACCAACGCUGGACAAGCCAUUAGCCCCCCUCCCACCCCAAGAUUUUGCAUCGUUGCUCGGCACCCCAGCGCCUAUCAUUUUCUCCACGCCUGCGGAACGUGACCUUCUCAACAACCUCAGUCUACUCGGAUUUGACACCGGUCAGAUCGUGCAUUCUGUUCUCAGUGAUGCAUGCGACGCAGCAGGUGCCAUUUGGUGGAUGCUAAAGCGCAAGCGGGAAAAACGCGUUUUGCCAGGAGAGAUACCAUUACCUGUUGAGUUUUCCGAGCGCGCCAAUAGUAAGCAACGAGAGAAAGAGGGGGAGAAAGAGGACCAUCCCAGUUCUCGGAGGCGGACGAAGCGUGGCAUCGGUGUGCAGACAGACGAUGUUACAAUUACUUCAUCGCUGGGUCUUAUACAUUCCGCUCCUGAAUUUGCCGUGCUACCUCCGACACCUACCGUGCCAUCAUCAGCACGGCCCACGACACCCCCACGUGCGAAGUCCCCGUAUUUGUCGCCGUCGCCUACUACCCUCGAGUUCUCCGGAAGGUCCAAUCCGUCAACGCCUAACGGAAGCUUCAAGGAUAAGGACAGCAAAGGGAGGAGGGAUAGCAAGGCACGCUCCGGCAGCGUGAGCAUCAUGCAACGCGCCACCAAUGCCCUCGAAAUCGCAGGUCUCGUAAAAGGGGAGGACAAGGAUCGCGAACGGGAGAGAUCCCGAGAACUAGAGAAGCGGAGUGGAAGCGACGAGCCCCGAAAUUCUGGGAACUCUGGCAAGCUGACCAAGUCGCCGCCUGUGAAAUCAAAGGAACAACUAAUUCUCCCUUCUACGCCAUCUGCUGCAGAGUCGAGUGCUCUACCCCCUUUGCCUGGUUCGCCGUGGGUGGUCACUGCUGGCCAGACGUCCCCUCCACAAUCCCAAGCGCCGACGCCUGCAAACUCGCCGGGUGAUACGCUUACGAGCCUUCCGAAUUUCUCAGAUGAGGGAAAGGUUGCGCCACCCAAUCGGAAUCGUGCCAGUUUGUUGUCUGCGUUCAGGUUGUGGUUUCAGGAAGAUAAGAAAGGGAAGCGGAAGGAGGUUGCACAAACGCAAGCUAGUGGACGAGGACUUUCGUACAGCCGUUCUCUCGCCGUUCCCCCUUCUACUUCUAUGUCGCCUGGUGGUCACGGAAAUGUCAAGAGAAGGGGGAGUGGAAUUGGGCGCGGACGACGUGUCAAACGCCACUCGACGUCGUCACGCCGUUCGAGCAGCGUGAACUCCCGUCGGUCGUCAGGAAACUCUGGGCAGUUGUUGGUUCUAGAGCCACCUCACAUACUAGAGCAAAUCCCUAGCGGGAAAUCAUACGGUGCUCACACGCCAAGCUCUGACCGCGGAGAACACUCAUCGCGUCCAUCCUCCAUCCAUAGCUUUUCACUUGGCAAACAUCGUAAAUCGCCAUCCACAGGGUCUAAUGGUUCAGCACAUUACCGCACUAGUUCGCCUAUGCAUAAAUAUCACCACAGGCGAGCCGGGUCUUCUUCAUCAACUCGCGUUAUACGUCAGAUACAGACGGUCCCAGGUCCUCGACCAGUACACAAUAGGACCAGUUCAGCUACAUCAUCCGUCCAUUCACUAGCCUCUUCCCGGCCCACUUCGUUUUAUGAAGCCUCUGAAGGAGAAUGCACCCGCACGGGCUCUCCGUACAAGAGCUACCCGUCCCGCCGCUCACUUGACGAGACGCCACGGCGUGGUGCGACAGGCAGUGCGACAUUCGUGGCACAUAAACGGCUUACGCCUUUCAUGAGUCCUUCCGGAACCAUCGGACGAACGAGCUGGAAGAAAUCCUGGGGUCACGAGCCUCCUGGCUGGCAGUUCCGCUCUACGCAUCUACCUGUCGAGGUGCUUUCGAUAUCCCCUGGACCAGAAGGGCCUGUGAGCAUUCGGGAUGUGUUUACUGGGAGGCAGAGUCUCAAUUUGGGCGAUGAGAGCGAUUGGGUGGAUGAGGAUGAUGACAUACCUGAGUUUGCGGGUGGGUUGGGUCAGAUGCCGAGCUCUACGAGUACGAGCUCGUCGUAUCUUCCCAUCGAGUCGCCGAUCCCUAUGUCGCCUCCUCUGCGAAAUCACGGUUCACGCACGGGGAAGGCUCGUGCUACUUCGCUGGCGCUGCCGAAUAACAAUAGCAGGGCGAAACAAGGCAACUCGCCUGCUAGGUCGUCGCCCGUUCAGACGGAGAAUGUGUUCGAGGGUUCAGAGAUAAGAGGAGGGCGUCGUCAACUCCCCACAAGCCGCUCAGGACCUGCUUUCAAACAUGCGAUACAAGAAGAAGACGAGGAAGAGGAAUAAUUCCUGGAUUUUUUUUCUUUGGCGCACAUUGGUAAAUGCUGUUCUCGUAUAUAAGCUAGCUGCUGGUUUUCUGUCUUGGAUGCUCUCAUGGACCUGCUCUCGUGCGCUUCUUCGUCCUUUUUUCUUCCACAUAUGUCAUCAUGGUUUGCCAUCGCCAUCAACGAGUCGUAAUAUGUCGUACCCUCCAUAUCAUUAUAUGAUACCCCAACUUCUACGUACUGUAUCUUUCCUUUUUUUCGUGUUUGAGCUCGUACGGAUGUCUGCAUAGGCAGACUAUCAUGAUAUUUAAUACAGAGACACGCGAGCAACCAACGAACUUUGUCAAUAAACCGAAUUGUC